AUGGCCACGUCCACACGCCCAAGCCCGCUCGCGGUCGCCGAGGGCGACAACCUGCUUGACAUCGCCCAGGCGCACGACCUCGAGAUGGAGGGCGCCUGCGGUGGCUCCUGCGCGUGCUCGACCUGCCACGUCAUCGUCACCGACGAGGCGCUCUUCGACGCCAUGCCCGAGCCCGAGGAUGACGAGAACGACAUGCUCGACCUGGCGUUUGGCCUCACCGAGACGAGCCGCCUCGGCUGCCAGGUCAUCAUGACCAAGGACCUCGACGGCCUCGUCGUCAAGCUGCCGACCAUGACGCGGAACCUGCAGGCCAGCGACUUUCAAUAG